AUGGGGAACAUGGAGGCUGCACUUGACGUUGAUGAAGAUGGAACAGUGGAGCCAUUUGCAAAAGGCAUUGACUUAGGGAGUGCCGUUGGGAUCGGUGGCAAGCGCCUGAAUUCUCGAUCGAGUUCGCGUUUUAUUGCAGCUAUCGUGGCAAUUGCUGCCACAAUAUUCCUCAUAUACCAGUGUGCACUGCAUAUAGAAACCACAAAACUCAGGAAUAUUUCAUCGCGAAGACUCUCAGAUCAACCCAACAACUGCAGGGGCACUGCCGGGGGAAGUGAAGAUGCAACACAUCUGCAGCAGCGCGCACAAGAGCAGCACGGAGCCUCAGAUUCUGAUGGAAGAGGAGGAGCCACAGGGAUACUAGGGGAUAAUUUGCAGCACCUAAGUCUUCUUGCGGACAUAGACCCACCACCCUACGAAGCAAGCGGAUAUCGUGGGCCUGACGAAGGGAUAGGGCAAGUAAGCGGGCCCCACGACAGGGAUCCACCGCCUUACGGGCAGGGAGAUGCUGGCGAGGAAGCCGGACAUAGCCAUGGACCUGCGCAUGGGCCUUCACCACCUGCUGGAGCGGAGGGCGGCGGGGAAACGUCUGAAGAAAGCGGGAGUAGCCAGGAUCACCCGCUUGGGCCGCCACCCCCGUACGAGCCACCGGAUCCUCGGAGAUUUCCACAGGGGUUCCCGCACGGGGUCCCAUACACACACCCCCGUACGAGCCACCGGAUCCUCGGAGAUUUCCACAGGGGUUCCCGCACGGGGUCCCAUACACAUCCCCGCAAGAGCCUCCACCUCCUUACGAGCCGCGAGACUCUGAGUCCACUGCAGGAGGCGGAGAUGCCCGAGAUGAUCAGCCGGGACCCUCUCAGAGGGCAAUAUCUUGGCUUCGCGGAUUAUUCGGUGGACCGGUGUACGACUUCCCACGGAUCAACGACCCACGGGUACUUUCGUCAAUGCCAAAUCAUUGCGAACACAACUAGGAGAUCAGGGGUUAUGUAUUGA